CUUAAUGUCAUUACCUUCUUGUCUGAAAGAUUCAAGGUGUAUCAUUCAUAUAGAUCUAGAUUGCUUCUUUUGUCAAGUGGAGGAAGUACGUUUAGGAUUGGAUUCAAGUAAACCUGUUGCUGUUCAACAAUGGUCUAGUCUUAUUGCAGUCAAUUAUGCUGCUCGUGCCUAUGGAGUAACAAGACAUUCCUCAGUGGAUGAUGCCAAAAAAUUAUGUCCAGAAAUCACCUUAGUUCAUGUAGCAACAUAUGCACCAAAUGAAUCGGUAGCUCGAUAUCAUGACAAUCCAUCACGUGCAACACAUAAAGUUAAUUUGGAUGCCUAUCGCGAUGCCGGCAAUAAAAUUCUUCAAAUCUUUGGUCAACAUUGUUCAUUAUUACAAAAAGUGGGAUCGGACGAAGCGUUUUUGGAUAUGACUGAGGCUGCCAAUGAACGAUUAUGCAAACAGUAUAUUCCAACUCAUCCUGUGUUGAUGGAACGUUGUAUUACGGAUGGUGAAUCUACAGUGAUAUUGGAUGAUCAUCGAAUAGAUUGGACAAAUCUUGGUAAUCUUGUCCCUAGUACAGAUGAAUUGAAACGCAAGGAAUCAAGUAAUAAUGAUGAUAAUGAUGAUGAUGAUCCUACUUCUUGGUUUGAUAUUCAAUUAGCUAUGGGUGCUGAAAUUGCCGCCGAAAUUCGGAAACAAGUUUGGGAUGAAUUACAUUAUACGUGUUCGGCUGGUAUAGCACAUAACAAAGUAUUAGCAAAAUUGGGUUCAAGUAUGAAUAAACCAAACAAACAAACAAUUGUUCGACAACAUGUAGCGCUUUCAUUCAUACAAGAUAUUCCAUUCAAUAAAAUCAGAAAUCUAGGGGGUAAGUUUGGCCAGGCAGUGGAAGAAGAAUACAAUGUACAAAAAGCAAGUGAUUUGUGGCCAAUCUCUCUCAAGGAAUUACAAGAUAAAUUUGGCGAAUCUUCAGGACAAUGGCUUUACAAUAUUGUAAGAGGUAUCGAUCAUGAAGAAGUUAUUUUACUCAAGGCACCAAAAUCACUCAUGGCAUCCAAAAUCAUGACUCCACCAUUGACCAAUGAAAAGGAAUUGCGUCCAUGGUACUCGGUAUUAUCUGGUGAAUUACAUAAUAGGAUCAUGAAAAAUUGGGAAGAACAUCAAACUUGGCCAAAAACAUUAUCUAUAUCCCAUAGAACUCGAGGCGUCUUACAAACGAAAUCAACAUCCAUGAUAAAUAGAAAUGACUCUGAUACCCAUGAAAAAUUACAACAAAUCGUUACUCAAAUGUUUACAACUAUGUUGGAUGAUAUCUUCCCAUGUAGCUCAAUAUCACUUCAGGCUACAGGAUUGACGACAGAUGUAACAGCGACAAAUUAUACCAUUCAUCAGUUUUUCAAAACCUCCAAAGAAAAAGAUGAUAUCAUCUCAACAUCAACACAAAUCAUCAAUACUUGGACGUGUGACCGAUGCCAUCAAAGGAUCUCCUUGGAACAAGUGGAUGAACAUACAGAUUAUCAUUUCGCGUUGGAUCUGGAAAAGGAAGAACAGUCAUCAAGGGUAUCACAAAAAAGUACGACGAAACAAGUUCGUGGUAAUGGUGAAAAAAGGAAAGAUCGGCAAGAUAGCAUGAAAAGGUUAGACAAGAAACCUAAACGAUUGUUUUUUACUCCAUGA